AUGUUCACUCGCUCGGCCAAGUUCGUAGUCGUGGCGAUUCUCCUAGGAGUCUUGACGACUGUUAAAUCAUUCGCACCUCAGGCACCGCUAAUCGCAAGCGUCCAGCAUCCAUAUGUUCCGCCAACGACCGACGACGAUCGUUCCCCCUGUCCAGCACUCAACGCCCUGGCAAACCACGGCUAUCUCCCCCAUGACGGCCGCCACAUCACGCACUCCCAGCUUUUCCAUGGCCUCAUCGACGGUUUCGGGCUCUCCUACCCCCUCGCGACGCUGCUCACAUUCGGAGGGUACACGCUCCUGCGCCAAGUGCCGCCGCUGUCGCUGUUGGACAUCAGCCGCGUGAACGGCGUCGAACACAACUGCUCGCUCGCGCACAACGACAUACCAUGGGACCACGAGUACCCGCGUCUCCACGUCACCGCCGACGUGUGCCUCCUUAACAAGCUCUUCGCGGACUCCUCCGACCAGCGCACCCUCUCCAUCGAGGACGUCGCGCGCGCGCGCGUCCGCAGAGAGUCGUCGCCGGAGUACAAGAACGCGAAUGUCACGCUAGAUGCGCUGCAUGCGGAGAUUGCGAGGGGCGAGAUGGCACUGGUGCUCGGCAUCUUCGGAGACUCGAACGAGGUUUCGCUGGACUUCUUGAAGAGGUUCUUCCUGAAUGAGCAGCUCCCGGAUAACUGGCGUCCGAGAGCGACGCAGGGUCUUGUGAAGACCGCGCGAACAGCCCGCAAAAUCCGUGCACACAUGGACUCGCUUCGCAAACCGUAA